GAAGCGACGCCAGAGGGCGGCGGCGGCAGGGACAAGAUGGCGGCGAGCGGCGCGGUGGCGGCGGGCGGCCCGGCGGCCCCCCGGCAGGGCCUGGGCGGGUGGCUGCGGGGGCUGCUGCGCUUCGCCGCCGACAGGAACGACUUCCGCAGGAACCUGCUGCUCAACGUGGGGCUGUUCGCCGCCGGCGUCUGGGUGGCCCGCAACCUGACGGACAUCGACCUCAUGGCCCCGCAGCCCGCGGCGUAGCGGCGGGCUAGGGAAGGAUCAGACCUGCACGGCCGAGGAGUUCGCCCUCCCCAUUCCCCAGGACCAGAAGUGCUGUGUGUAGCAGUUACAAGUUCUGAUACGCUCACGGGAGUGGCUCCCGUUCUUCUCUGCAGAGCUCCUACUCCUACAUCAAAUGUGUCCUGUUCAAAGCAACGACAACAGGGGGAAAAACUCAAGUAUGGAAGAGAGAAUUCCUGAUCAAUUCAUUCUGUAAGGAAUUGAGAAUAGUCUCCUCAAAGAUCUGAAGCCCUUGCACGCAGAAUUUUCUUCUGUAUCACCAUCUAGGUGUCUAAUUUAAUAUUAAAGUAUGUAGAAUAACGAC